GACCAGUCACUUCCUGAGGAAUAAUCUGCCUGUUAGCAGCAGAUAGAUUCUCAUUGUUUGCCACUUCCACUUUCCAGUAAUGAGAACGAUUACUUGACCAAUAUCUAGCCAGUUUCUGCCGAAGUUGUGGAAAAACCUACAGUUUUUCAUAGCAAAGUUUUUCAACUCAAAACUUCUGUGGAGCUUUAGGACUGUGAGCAUAACCAACCAGAGCUGAUGAUCACUUUAUUCUAUAACUAGGUGACUGCUCUCCAACGACAAGAUGUAUUUCGCUGUGCUGGUGAUUCUCUUACACUGUCCAAGUCUAAAAGCUCAAGAUGAUGUUAUUACCAUCAACAAAGUUGAACUCACUGGGCCAUCCCAGAAAGUGAAGAAUGGAAUGUCAAUUGAACUCACCUGUAUUGUGGAUGUUAGCAAAAGCACCAGCUUCCAGAUGCAGCACACUUUUUUAUUUUACAAGGAUGACAGUCUUCUGCAUAAUACCACGUCGGAGCAAAAUAGAACACGUUACAAAAUAUCACCAGCUCGAUUUUCAGAUUCGGGAAACUAUAAGUGCAUUGUGGAGGCAAACAUGAAGACUAAAAGCAGCAAUGAUUUGGAGGUUCGAAUUGAGGGGCUGUGCCAGCCAAAACUGACUGCCCUGAAAAGAGAAGUAACAGAGGGUGAAUUUGUGACUUUACGGUGUGAAGUACCAGAAGAAAAGCCUCCUUUCAUUUUCUUGUUCAAAAAAAUAUCAUCCAAUCAACAGUCACAAGAGAAAAGGAAGCAAGAAUUAAAAGAAAACUUUGCGUCUGUUGAAUUUCCUGUUGAAGAGAGGGAUCGAAUAUUGCGUUUUCAAUGUAUUGCCCAGGUUAUUUCAGUAGUCGGUUCUGAAACGUCAGAGGCCAGUAACAUGACAAUUGUUACAGUUGUGGAACCGUUUUCACAUCCUAAACUGACAUCCACGUCCGCAUGGAAUGUUACAGAAGGAGACAGAAUUGACAUUUUGUGCACAACGAUUCUAGCCCGUCCAUAUGAAAUUGAAAUCCUCAUCCAGAAAGACAGAAGGAUACUGAACAGUACACGAGGUCAGAAUUCUGUGACCUACUCUGCAGUAGCCACAGUGGAGCACAAUGGCAAUUACACAUGCAAAGUGGAAUUGGGGAGAGUGUCCAAAACCACCAGCAUGAACAUUGUUGUGACAGAGUUGUUUGCCAAGCCAAUAUUGACUCCCUCUUUGACUGACCUGGAUGAAAAUGAGAGCUUAAGCCUGUGGUGCCAUAUUAAUGGCUCCCCUAAAGCAAACUUCUCUAUCGUAAAGAGACCUCCGGAGAAUGGCAUCUUGUUGAAAACUUCCAGCAACUUCACUAUUCAAGCCCAGGUGAAUGACACCGGGUCCUAUGUUUGUAGGGCUGAGAUAAAAGGAAUCAUCAAGGAGAGUGACCCUGUACAGAUAACUGUUUACGCUCCAGUCUCAGAGCCAGUUCUUUCUGUUGCCAACUCAUCCAUGGAGAUGGUGUUAGGGGAGACCCUACUCCUACGCUGUCAAUCCAUGUUUGGAACUCCGCCUAUAAACUAUACGCUCUUCAGAGGAAACAGACUUAUUGACACCAUCACAGUAUUUAAUAACACAUAUGCUGAAUUCAAGGAUAGACAAACUAAAUUAAAUAGUCUGAGAGAAUACAGAUGCGAAGCUAGCAACCGUCACUCCCAUGCGAACAAAAGUAGCUACAAGAUGAACAUCACGGUGAUAGCUCCCGUUACAAACAUAAGCUUUGGAAGUGUACCCCAUGGCGAAGUGGAAGAUGGUGAAGAUAUCAACUUUCUUUGCGUUGUAGGCGAAGGAUCUUUGCCAAUCAACUUCACAAUUUUUAAACAAAAUGAGCAGGCACCUUUAUUUUAUGAAAGCAAAAUGGAAACCAGAGUCGUCUGGCAGAAGAAAUCAUUGAGCAAGCAGGAUGCAGGGAAAUAUUUUUGCGAAGCCUCCAACCGAGCCCUGGUAACUAAACGAAGCGACUUGCUAACCGUUAAAGUCGUCCUCGCUUCAUGGCAGAAAGGGUUUAUCGCAUUAGUUGUCUUGGCUGUAAUUGCCAUAGCAGCUUCUGGUUUCUGGUGGUGCUGGCGUAAGAAGGAAAAGGGUAAACAUCCUUCCAUGGAGAUGUCUGGAUCCACAGCAGUCACUAAUUCAACUAGUGAGAAACCGCCAUCUGGACCAAACCAUUAUACAGAAUUCUAUCCUGGAUCAGGUUACAUUGAAGAUCGUGAAAAUCCUGUAAAACCAACAGAUGACAAUAAAGGAUCAGGCUCACAGCAAGUACGGCAUAGGGAGUGCUACAAAGAAACAUCUUCUUGCUAUUUUGGGGCAGGACCUGACCAUGAGAGUGCUGAGGUGGAAUAUACUGAAGUUGAAGUGUCAACGCCUGAUCCUUACACAGCUCCUGAAAAGAAGGGGACUGAUACAGUAUAUAGUGAAAUCAGAAAAGCUAAUAAUGAUUCUGGGGAAAACAGACACUCUGUGUAGAGCAAGGUGAUUUCCUGACUGUGACUAUUGGCUUGAGCAGAAGCUUGCAUUCAACUCUGUCUGUGCUCCUGACCUGUGCUAUGUAGCACCUUCAACCAGGAUAUUAGAAGACGGGCCGACUGGCAGGAUUGUUGGUGGAGACUGAGACAUUCUAAACAAAUAUUAAUGGAAAGCAAAUGCUGACGUUAUUACCAUCAUCCAAUCAGGGAACCGGAGCAACGCCAUGUGAUGUAAGAGCCCAGCCAAACUAACCAUCACAGCUCAAAUUCCAUGGACAAUCUACCAGUCAAGAAAUGAUACGGUGAAUAGCUUUGAACACCAGACUAAUCAGAGGAAAAGCCAAUUUGUGGAGAGAACAAGUGGCUAAAUGCCUCAAAUGAAUGAUCACUUGGUUCUACUGAAAUGCCAAAGACAAAGAACAAGCACUCCAGAAAUAACUACGUUAAUGUUAUUUAUCAAAUACUUUCUGACUAUGCCCCCGGAGAGCCGUUCAGUAAUAUCAUGGUUAUUAAUUAUUAUUAUUAGUGCUGUUGUGUUAGCACUCAAAAUGGCCGGGCACUGGGUAAACACACAGGAAGAGACGGUCCCUGCCCUGAUACAUUUAUAAUCUUAUUUUUAAAAAAUAAUUGAGAAGCACACAAUGGAAACCAGACCAUGAUAAAACCUGCCCUCAUAAGACUAUAGAGAGUAAGAGAAAGAGAGGAGGAUCCUAUCCAGAGGCUAAACUCUGAGGUCUUUUGCUCAGUCCUUACUCUGGCAAAAAUCCCAUUAUAGUCCUCUAGGAUUUGAGUUUUCAAAGGUAACUCUUGAAAAAGAAAAGGAGGGAGGAAGUGCCACAUGUUGAGGGAGAUUGCAGAGGCCUAGCUGCCUCCUGAUCUUAGACAAGAUGGUUGGAUCCCUAAAAGGCAGCUAGUAUUGCACAGACACCUGUUGGAUGGAGGCAGUCUCAGUGGUAGGCAGGGCCAGCCCCAGGCUCAGAGUUCCUUGGUUCCCUGAGCAGAAGCCUGCAGAAGAGGAAUGUGCAUGUAUGUAUAAAAUCCCUCUCACAAACCAGGGUGGGACGCAGGAAUGUAUUUUUCCUGCCACUUAUUUUAUAUGACUCUGGAGCAUUUGCUUAAAAAAAAUAACUGUAGCAAAUAAGAGACUUGUAAAUAACAAUCACAGCAGCACUCUCUAGGACAGCUAACAAUACACAUUCAGGCCUGGUCUACACUACAGAGUUAGGUUGACGUAAGGCAGCUUAUGACGACCUAACUCUGUAAGCGUCUACACUAAAAUGUAGCUCCCACUGAUGUAACUCACCCGCUACACCGACUUAAUAACUCCACCUCCGGGAGAGGCGUAGCUCUUAAGUCGAUGUAGUUAGGUUGAUGCAGUAUUAGUGUAGACACUGCAUUGCUUACAUUGACUGUUUGUUGCCUUUUAGAAGCUGUCCCACCAUGCCCCACCUUGACAGUUAACUCUGUGCAAGUGCUCCUGGUGAGGACAUGCACUGCCGACAUAAGAAGUGUAGGCCAGACAUGGAAAAGAAAUUUAAUUACUGCGGUGGCUGUAUGUCACUAUAACUUAAGUUGACUUAAUUUUGUCAUAUAGACUUGCUCUCAGGCUCUGAAAGGCAUGGCCCUCCACCCUCCAUCAGCAUUCAAGUCCACAUGGGCUACAAAAGAAAACUUCUGUAUUGUUUACAGUCCAUUGGCAGAGCAUUGAAGGUCAUGGAGUGUGUUGCAAUAAACAGGCGGAUUUUAAUAGGCAAA